AUGUGGAUUCUGAUGAACAAGGCAGGGGUGGGUAGGGCUGGGUCUCUUAUGAUCACCAACCAAGGGCUCUCAGAAGGCAGUCAACGGAAACACGGACCACAUCACAGAAAGACAGAGGCAGACCUUGCUGCUUCGAACGAGCUCACUUCUAGGACAAACUGACAGUCUCUUUGCCGGCGUUCACGGGAACCAUGGAGGAUGACUACGUCGACCCUGUGUUCUUCAACACUUCCAAUGACAGCAGCCAGGGGCACGAGGGCUUCCUGGAGUUCCGCAAGUUCUUUCUGCCCUCCGUGUACCUGGUGGUGUUCGUCUGCGGCCUGCUGGGGAACUCGCUGGUGCUGACCGUGUACAUCUCCUACCAGAAGCUGAAGAGUCUGACCGACGUGUUCCUGAUAAACCUGCCCUUGGCUGACCUGGUGUUCGUCUGCACUCUGCCCUUCUGGGCCUACGCCAGCAUCCACGAGUGGGUCUUCGGCAAGGUCAUGUGUAAGACCCUGCUGGGCAUCUACACCUUGAACUUCUACACGUCCAUGCUCAUUCUCACCUGCAUCACCAUGGACCGCUUCGUUGCGGUGGUUCGGGCCACCAAGGCCUACAAGCAGCAGGCCAGGAGGAUGGCCUGGGGCAAGGCCAUGUGCUUGCUCAUCUGGGUGGUCUCCCUGCUGGUUUCCCUGCCGCAGAUCAUCUACGGCAACGUCCAUGACUUCGACAAGCUUGUCUGUGGCUAUCAAAAUGAAGAGAUUUCCGCUGUAGUUCUCGCCGCCCAGAUGACGCUGGGGUUCUUCUUGCCCCUGCUCGCCAUGAUGGUGUGCUACUCGGUCAUCAUCAAGACCCUGCUUCACGCCCGAGGCUUCCGGAAGCACAAGUCCCUGAAGAUCAUCUUCCUGGUGGUGGCCGUGUUCCUACUGACCCAGACGCCCUUCAACCUCGUGAGGCUCAUCCGCAGCACGAACUGGGAGUACUCCACCAUGACCAGCUUCCAUUACGCCGUCCUCAUCACAGAGGCCGUCGCCUACCUGCGGGCCUGCCUUAACCCUGUGCUCUAUGCCUUUGUUGGCCUGAAGUUUCGGAGAAACUUCUGGAAACUCAUGAGGGACAUUGGCUGCCUCCCUUACCUGGGGGUCUCAGGUCCGUGGAAGUCUUCCGAGGAGGCUUCCAAGACCUGUUCUGCCUCUCACAACGUGGAGGCCACCAGCAUGUUCCAGCUGUAGGCCUUGCCCGGGCCCGGAGAGCUGCUCGGGAGCACGGCUGUGCGCUCUGGGUGCAAUGAGGAAGGCUUUGUUUAUGGCUCGUGUUCUCGUGUGUUCUCAUGGAGUUUAUGGCUCGUGCGUUCUCAUGGAGAAGUCACCGAACCCUGCAGCUGGUGUGGGACGCUGCUUCCCGGGCAUGAACACAUUCCGCUUUCCUUUAGACCCCCAGGCCUGAAGCUCAGUGUGUGUUGGGGGGAAGCUCUAAAAACCGGAAGGGCUUUCCCUCCUCUAUGCCCAAGAACGCUGGCUCCAAGGGAAUAUUGUGUGAGCCUUAAGACCUCAGGUUCUCCUUCAUGG